AUGAGGUUGGCGUUUUUGAGCGAUACCGGUUUGAUGGCGCGCAAACAGCUGGCCGGUUUGCAAGGCCAUCAUGCCUACUCAAGUUUUUGCUAUGCGGACGUCGUAAAUGUACCCAGCAGAGUCGACUGGAGGGAGCGAGGUGCUGUAACUCCGGUGCGGGCACAAGGACAUAAUUUGUGUUGUUGGGCUUUUGCUGCUGUAGCUGCUGUGGAAAGCUUAAUAAAACUACGAACAUAUAGUUUAAUUGAGCUUUCCUCCCAACAACUAAUCGACUGUAAUAUUCAGAUUUAUGGAUCGGAGCUUGGAUGGCCUCACAAAGCUUUUAAAUACAUCAUGGAGAAUGGUUUGACCACAGCAUCUGAGUAUCCAUAUAGAGGAUCGAGAGGAAAAUGUUAUUAUAGUGGAUCCAACUACAUUGUAGCUAAAAUCAAAAAUUUUGAGUUUGUUCCUCGAAACAACGAGUGGGCACUUCUAAAAGCUGUGGCACACCAACCG